AUGGUGCUACGCAUUGUAUUGGUGAGAUUGACCAGUAUACCGCAUGGGAAGCCACCUCACGUAGCUCCAGCAUGUGACGCCUUUCCUUUUCCGCCAUCACUCUCAUCACCAGCCUAUCCCAGAGCAGAUGAAGUAAUACGGCCGCUGCUUCACUGCUUUCAGUUCUUAUCUACAGCAUCCCCAUCCAGUUUGAUCCCAACAUCACAGCCACCACCUUCUGCUUUGGAUCCACUGAAGUUGGGAUUAGAACUGGGUGGUAAAUCCGAUGGAGUUAGGGCUUCCGCCUCCUCAUCUGCUGCUGCCUUUGAUCUCUCCUCUCUCACAUCUUCAAAAGCUAGAGCAUUCUCAACUCUCAACACAGAGGAACAGAAACUGCAAAAGCAUCAGAAGCACUUCGUCCUUGUCCACAGCGCAUGCCAUGGUGCGUGGGCUUGGUUCAAGCUGAAGCACCGCCUCGAGUCAGCCGGCCACCGCGUCACGGUGCUCGACCUUGCAGCCUCCGGUACCAACCCCAGGCCCAUACAUGAGGUCUACACGUUCAAGGAGUACACGCAGCCACUGCUUGAUUUUCUACAUGCUGCGGUUCCUCCAGCCGAGACCGUGGUGCUGGUGGGCCACAGCUUCGGCGGCCUAAGCCUGGCUCUCGCCUCAGACAUGUUCGCUGACAAGGUGUCGGUUGCCGUUUUCCUCUCAGCCUUCGUCCCUGAUACCACACACGGGCCAUCAUAUGUCCUAGACCGGGCUACAAAAGAAAUGCUUGACACUCAAUUCCGGCCUUACCAGAAUGGGGAGAAACGAGGAACAUCGAUUUUCUUCGGACCCAUGUUCUUGUCCUCGAAGUUAUAUCAAUUGUCUCCUGUUGAGGAUCUCGAGCUUGGUAAGAUAUUGGUAAGGCCAGGAUCACUAUUCAUGGAUGACCUGUCCCGCCAACAGAAGUUGUCUGAGGAAGGGUAUGGGUCGGUUACGCGAGUUUGCAUCGUGUGCAGCGAGGAUGAAGUGAUCCCCAAGGACUUCCAGCGUUGGAUGAUUCAAAACAGCGGAAUCAAAUAUGUUUUUGAGAUCGGUGGUGCGGAUCAUAUGGCGAUGUUCUCCAAGCCCCAAGAGCUCUGUGAAUGCCUCUUAGGAAUAGCAAACAGAUAUGCUUGAGGGCUUAUUUAUAUGCUUAAGUUAUUUCUCAACUGUGUGAAGGUACUAUUUGGCGGUUUCACUUUUAUGCUAUUGCCACCUUUUAGGGAUUUGCUAUCAUUGUUUGAGAACUUA